AUUAAAUAUGGGUACUUGUGGAGGAAAGAAUAAAAAUAAAACUAAAUAAUAGCUAGUAUAAAUUUUUACUUAUACAGACUACCAUUACUCAAUAAACGAACCCUAGAAAUGAUGAAAAACAAACAACUUAAUAGAAUUAAAAUAAUGAAUAAAAACUUAAAGGUGCCAAUGAUUAAGAAUAAAUUUAGCCAUAACAAGUUUAAAAUUAAGAGAAACCAUAAGAAGUUUUAAAUUAAGAGAAACCAUUAGAAGUUCAAAGUCUACUUCCAUAAUAAAAUUAAGAAUAAUUUAAGAAAUUAAGCGAAGCUUUUGGGAACAAAAAUCCACCAUCUGAAAUACCUGCUUCAUUAAUUGUGAUUUCUAAAUAGAAAUAUUAAGAAGAAGAUCCUGCUCAACAUCAUUUGGAAGUAUUAGAUUAUUUUGAAAUAGUGCCUAAAAAAUUAAAAUGAAGAAGGCUAGUAUACUCUAAAAAUAGGUGUGCCUGUUAAAUCAGAAAAUAAAUUUAAAGUUGAAAUUGAAGGUUCAUAUUAAUAUUAAUAAAAU